GCGCUGUCACUUUCUAAAUAACAACAUUAGGUUGGCUGAUGUCUAUCAGAGAGACUCCUGACUUCGUGUCGGUGAAGCUUGGGCUCGCUUCAUAGCUGAAAUAAUAAACGAUAGGAGAGUGAAAAGGCAGCUCUCUCUCUCUCUUUAUGCCCCAGGAUGGAUUAUCUGCUCCAGGUUAAAAUAGGUGCUCUGGUCGGUUUAUUGCUCUUAACUCUGUUUUUUGGAUUCAUCCCUGCUCGAAUCAAAUGGUUCAGAGACACCAACGGGACAGAAACCCAUCGCACAGUGUUGAGUCUGAUCAGCUGUUUUGCCGGUGGGGUUUUCCUGGCAGCAUGUUUGCUCGACAUCAUUCCAGAUUACCUGUCGGACAUCAAAGCCGAGCUGGAAGCUCGGAAGGUGGAGACCAGUUUCCCUCUUCCAGAGUUCAUCAUGGCUGCCGGCUUCUUCAUGGUCCUCAUACUGGAGAGGAUCGUUCUAAACUGUCGGGAGAUGGGAGGGGCUCAGGAGGAGAGGGCACCCCUUAUACCGGACAACAGGAAUGGGCAGGGGCACGGCCAUGGAACGACCCCUGAUCUGGAGAGCAGCGGCCACCACAUCCACGUUGACUUUCAGGCUCACUCCCCCUUUCGUUCCUUCAUGCUCUUCCUCUCGCUCUCGCUCCACUCGGUUUUUGAGGGUCUCGCUAUCGGCCUGCAGAGCACUGACUCAAAGGUAUUAGAAAUCUGCAUCGCUAUACUUGUCCACAAGAGCAUCAUAGUGUUCAGCCUGUCUGUGAAGCUGGUCCAGAGCGCAGUUCGUCCAUUGUGGGUGGCCACUUACAUCGGAGUUUUCGCCUUGAUGUCACCUAUUGGCAUCGCCAUCGGUAUCAGCGUGAUGGAGGCUCAGCUUGCAGCUGGACCACUGAUCCAGGCCGUCCUGGAGGGGCUCGCUGCAGGGACGUUUAUUUACAUCACCUUUCUCGAGAUCCUCCCGCAUGAGCUCAACUCCCCCGGGAAGCAGCUUCUGAAGGUGCUCUUCAUCCUGCUGGGCUUCAGCGUCAUGGCAGCUCUGACAUUUUUGGACUGAGACUGAGAGAAGUCGUAAUUUCAGUUGGCAUAUCUGUCGUGAACGUGACCGGGAUGCUUUGUGCCAAGUACUACUGCGGCUCCCACAAGUUUUUUGGGUGACUUUUUGUACAGAAAGACAAACUGUCUUCAUUUAAAAAGAAGAAGUGGGUUUACUGCUGCACUAUUACACCCAACUCUCAAAGUUGAGAGUCAAAGGGAGCAUGCAAAUUUGUGUUUUAUUUCUUUAAUAUACUUUUAAAACAUUUCAUGAAGGAGCAGUCCGGACGAUAUGUGUAUAUAGAAUUUCUUUUAAAGAGGAUUUUAUGUAAAGAGGAAACACAACAAUAGGUUUGUUGAAUGACUGAGAGAAGCACAGGGGAAAGAAUAUCAGAGUCCCCUCAUUUAUCACUGGUCUUGUUUUCAAACAUGCUUUGGACCUGCAAACAACCACUGUCUCUGACCUUUGACACUAUUGAGGAACCCACUGGAAACAAAGGGUUGCCUUAAAUGUAUGGUACCUUGUAAUUAAUUCAAUCAUGUCCAUAUAUCAUUACCUCCAGAUCUUUAAUGUUUACAUUUUAUUCUAAACCUAAUUCAAAUGGGAAGCUUCUUCUUUCCAAAAAGCAUUGUUUGUGCCUUCACUUUGGUUGAAGUAUUUCAUAUGGUACUUUACUACAGGCUCAGCUGGAAGGUUGGCUGUGUUAGUAAUGGUGUUUGCACUGACCCAGGUUUAUUUGAUAAAUACUAGCAUUUUAGUGCAAUUCCAGCAUUAAGCUGCUUUUAACGUUUCAUCGCAGAUCAUUGGUCAACAUUUCUUACAUUUGUCCAGUGUAAAUGUAAACUGACUCGCUGAUGCCUUAAGAAGUUGUAUGCCAAAAAAAAGAAAAAGACAAUGAUGAGAAAAUACGUGGGAUAUGUUUUUAUUCUGUUUGCACUUUUCUAAUAAAGAAUCAGUGAUUAUCUCCACAAAUUUAAACAACCUGAACAUUAUUAUUUACAUUAUGUUGACCUUUGUCCUGGUUUAGUCCUUUCUGUUUGUCCCCUCUUACUAGACCAGACUCUUACUGUAUAUUUACUUUAUUAAAACAACCUUCUCUAUGUAGAGUGCUUUUAGUUAUCUAUUUCUAUUGUUAACAAAUACAGACACUUUAAAUAUCAGCACAGAGAGAAGUGCAAGAUAACAGCAAACUGAUACCGGGUAGCAUUUUACAACCACACAUACUUGUUUCUGCAUUAAGAACCAAGUAGAACACUGCAGCACAGCAUAUUGGGUGCAUUAAUUCAGUCUAUCUUUCAUGGUUCACACAUGUAAAGUUGUAAAGCACAAAAAAGGCCCAGUCCAACUAUGCUUUCAGCCUGCCUACAGCUAAAGUCAGCGUAUCCAAUUAUGCGUAGUUGUAAGCUCUCUGUUUAGUCACAAUUCCUGUUUUAGUCCGUCAUGUGAUUGUCACAUUGUUUCCUCAUCAGACAAAUAGCAGGAAGCUGGAAGGUUUGGGUUGGUUGUCAUGAAAAACUGGAAAAUAUGUCUGCAAAAAUCAAUGCCAUUUCAAAUGGGGCAUUUCUCAUGUUUUGUGCAGAUUAUUCAUUUUUUUCCCAUUAAAGGUCAUCUGAUGAAGACUACGGAAAGUAGUAUGAUGAAACAGUUCCCCAAAAAGAAUACCACUGCUUUCAAUUCAGUGUUGUUAUGUGCUUUUUGUCCCACCGGUGUAUUGUAACAUACAAAACGUUAUUUGUAUUUGUAAGAUACAAAAACAUCAACUGACUUUUGUGCAGCUAUACUUGCAUGCAUUAUUUUGUGCCUUAUGAUUAUUCAUCUCAUCAGAGGUGACUUUGUUGUCUGUUGUGUAAACUCCAUCAGAGUAAAGAUUAAAAAAGGAAUUUUCUGCCUA